AACUUUUCCUUUUUCCUUUCUUCUUCCCUCUUCCGCACUUCAUUACUUCCUCCCCCGACAUCAUCCACGUACCCAUUUCCCUGAUCUUGAAUCUCCGAUCAAUCUAAAGUAAGGUCAGGGAGAGAAAAUUAACACAGUUCUAGGUUCGAGCAGGCACCAAAGCGCCAAAGCCAAAGCCUUUUCAUCUAAUCAAUUUUGCGUCUUUCAAAAACAUUGAUUUUCUUCUAGCUGAAACCUGGGCUAGGAAAGCCCUAAUUUUUCUAGGGUUUAUGCUAGGAAAGUUUUCGUUUUUCUUUCCACAGGUGGAGUUAUGUGCGUGUGACAUGUAUAAGGGAUUAUACUUGUCGGUGUCUUAGGGUUGUACAAUUGGGCGGGCAGCUGAGGUGCUGUGGCGAUGGACGGAAGAAGGAUAUCGGCCAGUCCGCGGCCGUGCUCUGGGCGGCGCGUGCUGGCCAAGAAGCGACCUCGGGGUGUCAUGGAUGGGUUCGUCAACAGCGUCAAGAAGCUCCAAAGGAGGGAAAUUUCAUCCAAGCGUGACCGAGCUUUUAGCAUGAGCGAUGCUCAGGAGCGAUUCCGCAACAUCCGGCUACAGGAGGAAUAUGAUACUCAUGAUCCUAAGGGACAUUGUGACAUGAUACUCCCAUUUCUGAAGAAAAGGUCAAAAAUAAUUGAGAUAGUUGCCGCAUGUGAUAUUGUCUUUGCGCUUGCACAGUCUGGUGUGUGUGCUGCAUUUAGCCGAGAGACCAACCAGAGGAUAUGUUUUCUGAAUAUCUGCCCAGAUGAAGUGAUACGGAGUUUGUUUUACAAUAAAAAUAAUGAUUCCCUCAUCACUGUUUCAGUGUAUGCUUUGGAUAAUUUUAGCUCCUUGAAGUGCCGCACCACCAGGAUUGAAUACAUAAGAAGGGGAAAACCAGAUGCCGGGUUUGCACUUUUUGAGUCAGAGUCAUUGAAGUGGCCUGGUUUCGUGGAGUUUGAUGAUGUAAAUGGAAAAGUCCUAACCUACUCUGCCCAGGACAGCAUAUACAAGGUGUUUGACCUGAAGAAUUAUACAAUGUUGUAUUCCAUAUCAGAUAAAAAUGUACAAGAGAUUAAAAUAAGUCCAGGAAUCAUGCUAUUGAUAUUUGCUAAGGCUAGUUGCUAUGUUCCCCUUAAGAUUCUGUCCAUUGAAGAUGGGACUGAACUCAAAUCUUUCAACCAUCUUCUUCAUCGGAACAAAAAGGUGGAUUUCAUAGAACAGUUCAAUGAGAAAUUACUUGUCAAGCAAGAGAAUGAAAAUCUUCAGAUUCUUGAUGUUCGUAAUGAUGAGUUAACAGAAGUUAGUAGGACUGAGUUCAUGACCCCAUCGGCAUUCAUUUUUCUGUACGAGAACCAGCUGUUCUUGACAUUCAGAAACAGAACGGUUGCUGUUUGGAACUUCAGAGGCGAGCUAGUGACAUCAUUUGAGGACCACCUUUUGUGGCAUCCUGAUUGUAAUACUAACAACAUUUACAUUACUAGUGAUCAGGACCUUAUCAUCUCAUACUGCAAGGCUGAUUCUUAUGACCCCCUAACCGAAGGAAAUGCAGGAUCUAUCAAUAUAAGCAAUAUCUUGACAGGGAAGUGCCUUGCAAAGAUCAAAGCAACUGAUGAUGCCGCGAGGGAUGAUUGCAGUUGUAGUACUGCCCGUUGUAAUGGCAGGAACUGUAAAUCCAAGAGAGUACGAGCGGCAGAAAGAAUUAGGAGCACUGUUGCAGAAGCUCUGGAUGACAUCACUGCCCUCUUUUAUGAUGAAGACCGCAACGAGAUCUACACCGGAAACAGGUGUGGGCUGGUUCAUGUGUGGUCUAACUGAACAUUUUCUGGUAUGUUUCAUUUACUGUAUUUUUUUUGGUUAAAAAUUUGACUCGAGUGACGAUUUGUGAUACCUAGUGUUGUAAUUGCGUGUCUUUGUAAUCUAAAGCAAUUUAGACGCUCUAAUGCGGUUGAGCUGUACUAUUAAAAAAAAGCGUAUUUGUCUUGUUUGUGAUUCCCAAUGUUGUAAGUGUGAGCCAUACACAGAUUGAAAUAUUUGGCAAUCUAUUGUAAACAGUGUGUUAGUUUUUGUUUGGGGAUCUUGUGAUUGCUUGAAAAAUAUUGCUCCAUGAACACCAACUUUUCAACCUAUUACAUCAUUAGGGUU